AUGCAUCAGUGCUAGGUUUACACCAUCACACACUGUUUUCCUCUUGCCGAUUUGGGAAUUUUUGGCUGAAACAAUUUCUAUUUUGCAGUUGCGCACAAGUUUUCUCCUCUGAACUCCAAUAUUCUUUUGUACCUCAGUUGCCUUGUGAGACCUCUCUUCUUAAUCUACUUCUACUUCUAGGUUUUCCUUAAGUUCUAACGCUAUUAUCUUUAGAAUUUUUAAGUUAUUUUUUAUUUUUUAUUUUUAUACUUGCUGCAAUUUCAUUCCAAAUGUGUGUGAUGCAUUUCACUGGGACUGUCAAAGUUGAUGUGGUUUUGACAUUAUGCUCUCUAGUCUCUACCCUUAAGAUAAUGAGUAACAGUGUGUGUAUUCUACAAACAGGUACUUCCACUGAUGUUGCGGCUUAGUAGUUCGCGCUUUACUAUAUUCCAUUACUUGUUUUAAGUAGUGUUUAGUUGGGUAAGCUAGAAUUUCAACUUAGGUGAAAACUUAGAACACCUGAGAAAAAUUGGCAAUGACUAUCGGUUUAGAAGGAUGGAAGAACUUUGAGUUAGAAUUAUUAAAAUCAAUCUAAUCCAAUAAAGUUCACGUUUGCAAGUCUAAGCUGAAUUGACGGAUUCAUUUAUUUAACAUCAAGAUUGUUCUUGUCAUUGCUUAUUUUGUUUUCUAAGCGUGUUAUACUCUACACUUAAUUCUUUGCUAGUUUGCUAACAAACCUUUUUUCAGAGUACUAUUGUGCAUUCUAGCUUCUAUACUUUGCUUAAAUUACAAAAUUUGUUAGCAGCUUUUUAUCACGCAAUAUCAUCUAUGUAUAUAAUAUUCAUAAAGUUGGUGCUGAGUGAUUGAUGAAAGUAUGAACAUUUUAAUGUGGAAACAUGUAAGAUAAGAAAAUGAGUUUCAAUUCUUAUCUUUACGUUGAUUUAUACCUUAUGUGUGAGUUCUUCGAUUUCCCCUCAAUAUGAAUGGGAGGUUUGGUUAUUGGGAUCAAUAACCUAGUAUAACUUGACCCCGAUGGAUUGUUGGUGAUUAUUUAUAUAAUAAUAGUAUGAACUAUAUUGCUCUUCCUUUUAACAUUAUUAUUAAUCUUUUAUUGGUCUGGAUAUAGAUAUAUUUUAUUGGUGUGCAUAAAACUAGUGUUUGGCCUCGUUGGCUUGUCAUUUGCCAUCUUUGAUUUUCAUGAAUUUGAUUGACAGCUAGCUUACAAAGUUUGUCAAAGAUAUAGAGAUGACAACAGCAACUCCCACAACAAUUUCAGAUUAACUACUCUAUAAUUGUUCUUUUUGGCUGAGUAACUGAGUUGAAGACUUCUAAGAUGUUGGCCUGUGAUUCUGCAAAAAGGUUGUCAUUUAAUAAAACAAUUAGUAAUGGCGAUCUGGUUAUUGUUUAUGAAAGACAUGACAACAUGAAGGCUGUAACAGUGUCUGAGGGUUCAGUCCUGCAGAAUCGUUUUGGCGUUUUUAAACAUUCAGAUUGGAUAGGAAAGCCUUUUGGGUCUAAAGUAUUCAGCAGUAAGGGGGGGUUUGUGUACUUGUUAGCUCCCACACCAGAAUUAUGGACUCUAGUGUUAAGCCACAGGACUCAGAUUCUCUAUAUUGCAGAUAUUAGCUUUGUUAUCAUGUACUUGGAGAUUGUUCCUGGGUGUUUGGUCCUUGAAUCUGGAACUGGAAGUGGAUCUUUGACUACUUCACUUGCAAGGGCAGUUGCUCCUACAGGACACGUCUAUACUUUUGAUUUCCAUGAACAAAGGGCUGCAUCAGCUAGGGAUGAUUUUGAGAGGACAGGUUUAAGCAACUUACUUAGUGUGGGAGUUAGGGACAUUCUGGGUGAAGGAUUUCCGGAUGAAUUUAUGGGCAAGGCUGACUCAGUAUUUUUGGAUCUACCUCAACCUUGGCUCGCAAUUCCUUCAGCUGCAAAAAUGCUAAAACAAGAUGGCACAUUAUGCUCUUUCUCUCCUUGCAUUGAACAAGUUCAACGAUCAUGUGAAACACUUCGAACCUGCUACACAGAUAUAAGGACAUUUGAGAUACUCUUGCGCACAUAUGAAGUUCAGGAAGGGAAAAUGGAAAGAUUACAAGGCGACGGCAAUGGUUGUAAUGCUUCUCUUCCUAGCAAGAGGAAGCAAUGUUCGGAUGGAAGCUAUGUGCUUAGCAGCCCUAUUUCUUCUGUCAUGGCCAGACCUUGUAGUGAAGCUCGAGGUCACACAGGCUAUUUAACAUUUGCAAGACUUAAAUGCGCCUCAUGAAGAGGGCUAUCAUGUCCAUUUUUUGUAGUAGAGAAAUGCCUUUACGUUUUUGUUUCAUGUGUGGUGCGAGAAAUUGCUUUUAUUCGUUAUAAUCAAAGGUUUUGAAAGAAAAUUUUGGGAUAACAUGUGUGUUUGGCUUCAAAUAUGCUUUCACUUUAUACCUUGUGGUUCAACCUUCCAACUUGACUCAAGGCUUAUCCCUUUGCAGACUAGUGAUCAUUAAUAAAUAUUGUGCUAAUAUUGUGCUU